AUGGCGCCGGAACGAUUCCCAGUCCAGUCUCCCGGUUUAUCCGGUCUGAAACGGCCAAACAACACAAAGUUCAAGAACAGAAGAAUUUUCCUUAAAAUUGCUUCUACAUCUCUUUCAAAUCCCAAAGUUGUUGUCACAAGAGAGCGCGGCAAAAAUGGCGGACUUAUUGACGCUUUGGCAAAUCGCGGCAUUAAUUGUCUAGAGCUUCCUCUUGUUCAGCAUACUCAGUUGCCUGGUUUUGACAAGCUUUCUUCUUUACUACGCAGUAAUUCAUUUGAUUGGAUCAUCAUAACCUCACCUGAAGCUGGCACUGUUUUUCUUGAUGCUUGGACAGCCGCCGGAACUCCAAAUGUUAGGGUUGGAGUUGUUGGAGCUGGUACAUCAAGUGUAUUUGGGAAAAUCGGGCCUUCUCUAAAAGAAAUCCUGAAUGUAGCUUUUGUACCAUCCAAAGCUAUUGGCAAGGUUUUGGCAGCUGAGCUUCCAAAACUUCGAAAUGCAAGGUGCACUGUUUUGUACCCAGCAUCAGCAAAAGCUAGCAAUGAGAUUGAGGAAGGACUUGCAAAGCGUGGAUUUGAGGUUAUGAGACUAAACACAUAUACUACGGAACCCGUUAGUAAUGUGGAUCAAAUGGUUUUCGAUCAGGCGCUUGUUACUCCUGUUAUAGCCGUAGCAUCACCUUCUGCACUUCGUGCUUGGGUCAGCUUAAUACCAGAAGAGCAACAGUGGGAUAAUGCCGUUGCAUGCAUUGGGGAGACAACUGCUUUGGUGGCUAAAAAGUUGGGGAUGAAGAAUAUAUUCUUCCCUUCUAAUCCAGGCAUUGAAGGAUGGAUAGAUAGUAUUUUGGAAGCCUUAAGAGUCCCAAAACCAGUUGCAGAAGGUGUAGGGUUGGAUGUUGGCAACUUUUGGAGAAUAUAUCCAUCCAUGUUGGAGUAGCAUUUUGUUAGCGGAGUAAAGGCAGAACGUUGAGUCGGGCACGAGAUGUACCCCUUUGGUUGUAAUCACCACACGCACACAAGCUCACGAUAUUGUUUGUAGGGAAAUGUGCGGACUUUAUUGAUAGAAUUCAAGACUCAAAAGACAAUCCUCACUACGGAGGCCUACGACAAAUCCGUCGUCCAAAACAAGUGAUCACUAACUAGAUAAUUAUUCUUGCUA